AUGAAUUCGAUGAGAUCUUGUGCCUUUCCAAUCAUUGGGUUUGUGCUCAUGGCUCUCCUGAGCCUGAGUUAUGGGCAGGCCCCAGCUCCUUCUCCAACAAGCGAUGGCAUGGCGAUUGAUCAAGGAAUUGCUUACACUCUUCUGCUGGUGGCCCUUGCAAUAACUUAUUUGCUGCACUGA